CUGGCCUUCAAGCGGCAAGUGCCAACGGAGCAAGCCCGAGCCUAUGCAGAAAAGAACUGCAUGACCUUCUUUGAAGUCAGCCCCCUGUGCAAUUUCAACGUCAUUGAAUCUUUCACUGAGCUCUCCCGUAUUGUGCUCAUGCGGCAUGGCAUGGAGAAGAUCUGGAGGCCUAAUCGAGACACUCCUGUCUCUGCUCUUUGUCUCCGGGCUCAUCCACCUGACCUCGGAGACCAACCUGCUACCAGAGCCUGGAAGCCACCCUGGUAUGUGCCCCAACCAGCUCAGCCCACACCUGUGGGUGGACGCCCAGAGCACCUGUGAGCGUGAGUGCACCAGGGACGAGGACUGUGCAGCAUCCGAGAAGUGCUGCACCAAUGUGUGUGGAUUGCAGAGCUGUGUGGCAGCCCGCUACCCCAGUGGUGGCCCAGCGAUAACUGAGACAGGAGCUUCAUGCGAGGGUUUCCAGUGCCCACAGCAGGGUUCUGACUGUGACAUCUGGGAUGGGCAGCCAGUCUGCCGCUGCCGUGACCGCUGUGAGAAAGAACCCAGCUUCACCUGUGCCUCUGAUGGCCUCACCUAUUACAACCGCUGCUACAUGGAUGCAGAGGCCUGCCUGAGGGGCCUCCACCUGCAUGUUGUGCCCUGCAAGCACAUUCUCAGCUGGCCACCCAGCAGCCCAGGACCACCUGAGACCACUGCCCGCCCAACCCCUGGAGCCGCCCCCAUGCCACCUGCCCUGUACACCAACCCCUCACCACAGGCAGUGUACGUGGGAGGGACAGCCAGCCUCCACUGUGAUGUUAGUGGCCGUCCAACACCUGCUGUGACCUGGGAAAAGCAAAGCCAUCAGCGGGAGAACCUGAUCAUGCACCCGGACCAGAUGUAUGGGAAUGUGGUGGUCACAAGUAUUGGACAGCUGGUGCUCUACAAUGCCCAGCCAGAGGAUGCAGGCUUGUAUACUUGCACUGCACGCAAUGCUGCUGGCCUGCUGCGGGCUGACUUCCCCCUCUCUGUGGUGCAGCGGGGAACUGCUCGGGACCGGGCCUCAAGUGUCCUGGCCCUGGCUGAGUGCUUGCCUGACACACAGGCCUGCGUUGGGCCCUCGACCCCCUACCAUGUCCUCUGGCGCUUUGACCCACAGCGGGGCAGCUGCAUGACCUUUCCAGCCCUUGAAUGUGAUGGGGCCACCUGGGGCUUUGAGACCUAUGAGGCAUGCCAACAGGCCUGUGCCCAUGGCCCUGGGGAUGCCUGUGCACUGCCUGCAGUUCAGGGCCCUUGCCAGGGCUGGGAACCACGCUGGGCCUACAGUCCACUCCUACAGCAGUGCCACCCCUUUGUGUAUAGUGGUUGUGAGGGCAAUGGUAACAACUUUGAGAGUCGAGAGAGCUGUGAGGAUGCCUGCCCAGUGCCACGAACACCACCCUGUCGUGCUUGCCGCCUCAGGAGCAAGCUGGCACUGAGUUUGUGCCGCAGUGACUUUGCCAUUGUGGGCCGACUCACAGAGGUACUGGAGGAGCCUGAGGCUGCAGGUGGCAUUGCUCGUGUAGCUCUAGAUGAUGUGCUCAAGGACGACAAGAUGGGCCUUAAGUUUUUGGGCACGAAGUACCUGGAGGUGACACUGAGUGGCAUGGACUGGGCCUGCCCGUGCCCCAAUGUGACAGCUGGUGAUGGGCCACUGGUCAUCAUGGGUGAGGUUCGUGAAGGUGUGGCUGUGCUGGAUGCCAACAGCUAUGUCCGUGCUGCCAGUGAGAAGCGUGUCAAGAAGAUUGUGGAGCUGCUUGAGAAAAAGGCCUGUGAGUUGCUCAACCGCUUUCAAGACUAGCUUCACCUGUGAUCCCAACUCCUACCCUUCUUCCCACUAAAUAAAUGCCUAUCACUCAUU